CGUUUGUUUACGUACCACAGGAAGCCGAAGGCGAAUGGCUGCUGCAUCUCCUGCUCUCGAGGCCCCGCUCCUUCGCGCCCCCUUCUGAGCUCACGAGCCCCGCCCGCGCCGCGCUCGCCGCCCGGACCCCGAAGGCACGAUGGUCACGGCCAGCAACAGGAACAACAACGAAUCCAAGGACGACAAGAAAUCCCGAGGCCCGAGCCCCAGCAACGGCCACAGCGACGAUGCCGAGAAGGAUGGAGAUACAGGCAUGCGUGUUGGAAAGGCAUAUCAAGCAGAGAUUCCAAAUAUGUUGCCAUCACAAGAACGCCGGCCAGAGCAGUGUCCAGAAAGAGCCUUGUUAGUGUGGGCUCCUAAGCUGGAGAUCAACGAAGAGAGUUUGGAACAGUACAUCUGGUUGGCAAAGGACAAAUACGGGUACAAUGCCGAGCAGGCACUGGGCAUGCUGUUCUGGCAUCGUCAUGACUUGGAGAAAGCAACAGCAGACCUUGCCAACUUCACGCCCUUCCCUGAUGAGUGGACGACCGAAGACAAGGUCCUGUUUGAGCAGGCCUUUCAGUUUCACGGGAAAAGCUUUCAUCGCAUAAGACAGAUGUUACCAGACAAGACUAUAGCCCAGCUAGUAAAGUACUAUUAUCUGUGGAAGAAAACUAGACAACGAAGUUCUCUAAUUGAUCGACAUGCUCGCAAACACACUGCAAAGCUCCAGCAGGCUACAGAAGGUGGACUGGGAGAUAGCAGCGGAGAUAGAUCUGAUGAAGAUGAGGAGGGACGUGGUGGGGAGGAGACCAAGAACUGCUCGAACUGCACCAUCCCUGCGACCAUCCUCAACGAGUCUCCCAAGGGACCUCAGUGCCAGACGUGUUACAACCACUGGAAAAAAAUGGGGUGUCUGCGGCCAACUGUAGGGCCCAUGAAGAGAGAUAAACAGCUCAUCAAGCACAAGCGACGACCACCUCGCGGCAUGCACAUAAACCAUGAGGACCUUAUGGCUAUGGUGGCCCCUGCCCCCCCAGGCCCCCUAGGUGCCCCUACCCAAGGCCAGCAGCUACUGCGACACAUGGAGAAUGAGGUCAUUGCUCUCAAACGCCAGGUACAGAGUAACAAGGCACAGAUCAGCAACUUGCGAGAAAAUCUGGCCAAGGAUGGUAUCAAUUCCCUGAGGCCACCAGGACAAACGGGGCCACUGAAGGCCAAAUGGUCGCAUGAGGAACUUCUACUGGCUGUGCAAGCUGUACGAUAUUUUGGAAAGGACUUCAAAGCCAUCGCCGAAAUUGUAGGCAACAAGACAGAGAAUCAUGUGCGGAGCUUUUUUGUGACUUACCGCAAGCGUUACAACUUGGACAAUGUUCUGAGAGAGUGGGAAGAGGAGCACGGUCCGGUCCGAACCAGUGCAGACGAAUAGUUGCGACUUUGCAUUUGGAAAGCAUUGGAAAAUGCCCGCCCAUCGUGUCAACGCCAGCUCCAGCAUGUGGCUGCCGAGAGCUGGGUCAGAAAGUCCUCUUUUCAACUCUUCAGGACAUGCGCAUUUUUGGCCGGGAUGUUCAUAUUUCAAAAUGAUUUUUGUAAGUUAUCAAACAGAUUCCUCUCAGUAUUCUUGGAGUUGUCUACGGGUAUUUCAGGGCCUAAGUAGGAUUUUCACUUUAUUGGCGGAUGAAGAGCAUGCCUAAGAAUCUUACCUUUAGUAGGAGGAUGAGCGGAUGAGGCCUAGGAUACCUGAGGAAAAUCUAGAGUCAUGCUACCUUAAUGAGAAUCUAGAAAAAAAAAAGAAAAAGAAAUUGUCUUACAAUUUAAAAUACAAAGUGACAAGUCCCUAAUUGCUAAGGUACUUCUGAGCAGUCAUAAUAUUGUCUUAUACAGUGUUUGCAAAGUUGUUGGUAAAACAUAAUUUUUACAAUGAAUUACUCUUCAUGCAUAUUACCAUGCAGAAUAUUUAUGAGUGUUGAGGUUUAUCUACAUUUGUGUAUAUGUGUAGGUGCAUGUAUACAUUUGUAUACAUACAUGUUCAUAUAUACUCAUCACUGGAUUGUUGAUAACAGUAUUUCAUUAUUUAUUUCUAGGGAAAUUCUUAGGAACACACCAGGUUGAAGUCUAGGUUGAUUAAUCUACUUAAUCACAUGCAGCCCUAGGAUAUUACUAUUUUACUUCAGUCUGUCAUAAGGUGAUCGUAAAAUGGUAUUGCACAUAGUUCCUUGUUGGACACAUGAAAAUGACUAGUGUACAAAUUGUAGAGGUUAAGUAUGCCAAGUGUGAAUUAUCUUUGCCAAUUUUUUCUUGAUGUAUAUAUCAGCAAGUAAUAGUGAAGAGAAAGAAAUGAAAAUACAAGAGUCUUCUUUUUUUCUUUCCCUUUUUUUCAUUUCUUUUUUACAUAUUUAUUUUGAUAAAAUUACGUAUUUUGCCAUUUCUUUUAAAGUGUAUAUUUUUUUGUGUAUGCAUGUGUGUGACAAAGUCAGUGAGUAAGGAAAACUCUGCCAUCUUUCAUAUGUGUUGCCAAGUAAUUAAGACAUUUUCCAAAUAGUGCCAGUCUUUUUUUUUUUUUCUUCUUCUUUUUUUCUUUUUUGACACUUAUUUUACUAAACUUUAACGCCUACAUUUGUGCCUGGCAGUCAACCGAAGAUUACUGCAACACUUGGUCUGAUAAGAGGACUUACAUUGCAUUUGCUAGUCUAGAUGACAGAAGGCAGUAUUAUGAUGCUGAUGCUUUUCUUCUUUCUUCCUCAAGAAAAAGAGGAUAAUAAAAGAUACAGCCAGCAGGAGGGCAGUGAUUGCUCAGUUUUAUUAUGGUUGAGAUUGUGUGGUUGUGUCCUUAGUGCUGUCACUGCUUGCUUCAUUAAGACAAAGAAAAGAAGUUCAUCCACAUUUACCUUGCCUAGUCAUGGGUUAUUUUUGUGUACAGGUACCAUUAGCAUGGCCGUGAAAGCCAGGGAGUAGCACUGUCGACUGCUUUGCAACAGGAAUGCAUGCUGAUAAGUCCUGGACUCUCAGGAAUAUUUUAUGCUGCCUUCUACUACUUAUAUUUUAAGUGAGAAGAAUAAUUUUCAAGAAUGCAUUAAUUUGAGUAAAAGACAAAAGGGUCUUGAGUAGUCAUCCGAAACAGUUUGUAUUCUUUGUCUGUACGAUAUUGUAUAUAUUUAUUUGAAAUUUUGUGCUGUGCACAAGAACUUGAUUUCCUCGUUUGAUUUUGUUUUGUUGACAUUCAUCUUACAAGAUACCAGGCAAAAUCUGAAGCAAACUUUGCAUUUUGUUAAAGAUUUGUCAUAGUUGGAAUCUGUGAUAUGAAACAUCAUUGUACAUUAGCAAAAGCCAUCCUUACAUUGUCAAGACAAAUUUUAGUAGCAUAUUUAGUGCUUGUCAUUCAAAUUAAAUACAAUUAGAAAAAAUAGCUGUCAUGUCUAGAACAUUUCAUGAAGUGCUGAAUGAAGGGAUGCUUCUCCCUUAUGCAGUUUGAAGUGUGCAUCGUGCUGAAUAUUGUUUGAUUUAGACUGAAUUUUACACAAUGGCUUAAUGUUUCUUUCUUUUACUCUCCCUCCGUGCCACCCUCUCGCCCAACCCCCUCUACCCUCCCUCUUACCUGCUUCCCACUUCUCUUUCUUUAUAUUGAAAGAGACUUCUGCAACAUUUAUGCUUUGGUAGUGACUAUUUUGUUACUCUGUGAUCAUAGAUGUUCCCACUCCAGUUAAGUGAGAAUUCAGGUUUUUCCUUCUUUCUUUUUCUUGUUUUUUGAGAUCAUAGGUCAGAAAGUGAGAAGUAGGCAAAGACAGACAGACAGAAACAGACAGAGAAACAUUAGUAGUGGGAAUGCCUUUUAUAGCUUAGUUUGAAUUUUUUUUUACAGAUAACUACAUUGACCAAUGUUAUCCCAAUUAUAAGGAAGUUGCAGCUUUAUGGCUUCUUUAAAAAACACGAACCAAUAAAAGUCAUUAUAUUUUGACAAAACAUUACCAACAGGCUAGAAGGGGCUGUGUAAUAAAGAAGAUAAUUCUAAAACCUUUGAAAUAUACUGUAGUCAUCUCAGUUCAUAUGUAGCCAGAAGCAGUGCCCCUCUACCGUAACUAAAGAGUAGAGAGGUUAAUGUUCAGUGUUCAUGACAUAAGCCAUCAUUUGAACAUAAUAGGUUCCGUGACUUCAAGUUUAAUGUUACUUAAUCUCUUUUAAAGUGCUAUUCCUUUAGAAUUAUAUAUAAAAUCUUUUGAGUUUCCAAUUUUUACAAUCAUUAUCGUACAGAACAGGUCAGAUUAUAAAACUGAAGACACUGAGCUCGAGGAAAAGGGAGGGAUGCUAACAUUAUGUGUGAACCCUAACUUAGUUAAGGGAGAGGGGCAGAUAUGAAUUAAGGUGGCUAUAGCUCAUUCAUACUGAUAAAGAUAUGGAAGAGAUAUUGGAAACUGAGCCGUCUGAGUUUACUCUGGACAUUUACAUCACCACUGUCUAGGCAGAAAUCCUUGUUACUGGAACUCAGAAGUACAAGAAAACCAGCAUUGUAGAUGAUACUUAGAUGUAAUCAUAGUAACAGCCAUUUAUUCCUGUAAUGAAAACUUGCCUAGGUGUAAAAUGGAAAACUGUCCCUUUGUCAAAAGAUAUGUCGUCUGAACUCGAGUAUGGGUCGAAGUGAUUAGUUUGUGAAAAUGUGUUGGUCCCCUUUUUCAUGCUUCUACCUGUGGUUUCCCAUUUUGUUUCAUUAGUGUAAAAGUUGUAUCUUUAAAGCAAGAAUACAGACAGAUUGAUCAAAUUAUUUUGAAAGAAAAGCCAGCCCUCAGUUACAGUGUUUCAUGUCUUAAAACAAGUUAGAUAUAUAUUUAUUUUCUCAGGUGAAGUAGCUUAAGGUUAUCAGUAGAACAGCGAAGAACUAAAUGAAUUGUUCAUUUACUAGAACAGAGAGAUAGUAUAAUGAUGUUAUAAGACCAUGCCCUUUUUUAUUUGUUUGACUGUAUUUGUUAUCUGUUUGUUUAUAUUGAACAGGGAUAUUGAAGAUAAAAGAUAGAUAAAAGUGCUUAUGGUUUCAAGUCAGCUCUGCAUUAACCUCAUUGUAAAUAUACAUGUGAGAGUAUUUAUUUUAGAUUAUAGUCUGCAAUUUUAUUCAUAACAAUGUCACUGGGAUCUACAUGCUAGAUUUGAUUUGAUUUCCUGCUGAUUUGGAAAUUUGGAUAUUCAGAAUUACUAUGUUUCAGAGGGUGUAAGAUACACAGACAUGCACAUGUUGAUCAAGAAGAUGUGACAAUAUGUAUUUUAUUUUCUUCAAGCCAGAAGUAUUAUGGAAAGCUCACCAUCUGUUCUCAGCAAAGUGCUUUUUAGAAAUUCCUUCCUGCCUAGACCCAGUUAGAGUUUCCCCUUCUCUUUUCACAGAAGAAACUUCAGAGAAAAGUUUUAUUAAGUAUUUAUGCGUAAGAAACCAAGGCAGUCACUGAAACUAAUGAUGCACUUCAAUUCACCUUUUAACUAAUCUUCAGCUUCUGAUAUUGAAAUGCUGUCAAAUGCUCAUAAAAAGCAGAUGGCUUUGUCGCACCUCGUAAUAGCUCUUUACACUGCCCAAGUUAUUUUUAUAAGGGAUAACAGUUUGCUUUCUUUUAGCAGUUCUUCAGGAAAAGGAGAGAGCUCAUAGCAAAUACUCUUUGAUCAUAGUUUUUGUCCCCAGUACUGCUCAUGCUUAUUUUAUAAGUAUUAUUAUUAUUAUUAUUAUUUUGUUUUUAUUAUUAUUAUUAUUUUUAUUAUUAUUAUUUUUUUUUUUUCUAAAAAUUCAUCAGAAUUCACUGGUAAAUUUAUGGAAGUGACGCGGGCAAUUAGGAACACGUAUUUGCCACCAUUGAACUUAGAUUGGGAGGGGGGAUUUGUUCACUAUCAUUUAAAACUGACGAGUAUGAAACAUAGGAAAAAUUAAAGGUAAUUUCUGACAUGCAAGCAGCUGGUGAUGGUUUAUGUAUCAGAAUUACUCUUAGCAAAAAUACAUAGAUAUAAAGAGAAAAAAUACUAAGUUCACUUUUCUAUUUUUCUCUUGUUUGAACAAUAGCGUCUCCUUCCAGAUUAGUGUAUAGCACAUACUGUAGAUACUGUAUAUUGUAAGCACAGGUUUUCAUCUUAAAUUCAAUAUCUUUUCCAGUUUUGAAUAUACAGUAAUUUAAAGGACAUAAACUUUACAUGAAGUCAAAGAAAUCCAAAGUAUGAUUUAAGAUUGCAAACUAUCCACAGUUCCUUUAUAGUUCCAUUGUGUCUGAGGCGUAGUAUUAGCUUUGAAACAAUUAUAUUUGUUAGAAAUGGAAUCAUAUGCUGAGUAAUCUACAUCAGAGUCUUUGGAUUUCUACUCUAUUUUCAUAAAUAUUUAUCUGUGUCCAUUGAAAAAGGUGUUAUAUCUCCUCCCUGUGCUGAGUAGUGACAAAAGUAACUUAUAUACGUAACUGUUUGUGUUACCCUGUGUGUCCUUUGAAAGUAAGUCACGGUGUGUCUAACGAUUGUACAGAUUUGCAAAAUAAAUUAUGCUUGAAAAUAA